UUAAUUAAAUACCUUCCUCGGACUAAUCAGAAAGUUCCCCUCCUUCUCAGCUCUCUUUCUCUCUCUCCAUCUGGCGAUUUUUUUCAUAUCAAUCGGCUUCGUUUUUUAUUUUCUUGAAUUUUUAAAUUCGUAACUCCGUACUGAUCUCAUCUCUUCUUCGAAUAUUCUUCGUUCGAUUUGAAUAUUCUCCUCCGUUUCCCGGGAUUCUCAACGGUCUUACAGAUGGCUUCUCGAGCAACUCCUUCGCGAUCGGCGCCGUCAUAUACAGCUAGUAGUAGUAGUAGUAGUAGUUCGAGUGGUGUUAGCAGGACACGUGUGGGUAACUACGAGCUGGGUAGAACUUUGGGGGAAGGCACCUUCGCGAAAGUCAAGUUUGCUAGGAACGUUGUCAACGGACAGAACGUCGCCAUUAAGAUUAUCGAUAAAGAGAAAGUUAUGAGAAACAAGAUGGUCGCUCAGAUCAAGCGUGAGAUCUCGACGAUGAAGCUCAUCAAGCACCCCAAUGUGAUCCGUAUGCUUGAGGUGAUGGCUAGCAAAACUAAGAUCUACUUUGUUUUGGAGUUCGUUACUGGUGGAGAGCUUUUCGAUAAAAUUGCAAGCAAGGGGAGGUUGAAGGAAGAUGGUGCUAGGAAGUACUUCCAACAGCUUAUUAAUGCCGUCGACUAUUGCCAUAGCAGAGGAGUUUAUCAUAGAGACCUCAAGCCAGAGAAUUUGCUUUUGGAUGCAAAUGGGACUCUGAAAGUCUCUGAUUUUGGAUUGAGUGCUCUACCUCAGCAAGUCCGAGAGGAUGGUUUACUUCACACAACAUGUGGAACACCCAAUUAUGUUGCUCCAGAGAUAAUCAAUAACAAAGGUUACGAUGGAGCCAAAGCUGAUUUGUGGUCUUGUGGUGUCAUUCUCUUUGUCUUAAUGGCUGGAUAUUUGCCUUUCGAAGAUUCUAACUUGGCUUCCUUAUAUAAAAAGAUAUUCAAAGCCGAAUUUACCUGCCCUAACUGGUUCUCUGCAAGUGCCAAAAAGCUAAUCAAAAGAAUUCUGGAUCCCAAUCCAGCAACGAGGAUUACAUUUGCUGAAGUAAUUGAAAACGAGUGGUUUAAUAAAGGGUAUAAAGCACCCAAAUAUGAAAAUGCAAAUGUCAGCCUUGAUGAUGUUGAUGCCAUUUUUGAUGAAUCAGGGGAGUCCGAGAACCUUGUUGUGGAGAGGCGGGAGGAAGGACUUAGAACACCAGUAGCUAUGAAUGCUUUUGAGCUCAUCUCAAAAUCCAAAGGUCUCAAUCUCGGUUCACUUUUCGAAAAGCAAAUGGGGCUUGUUAAAAGGAAAACUCAGUUUACUUCAAAAUAUCCUGCCAAUGAGAUAGUCACAAAAAUUGAGGCUGCAGCAGCACCUAUGGGAUUUGAUGUCAAGAAAAACAACUACAAGAUGAAGCUUCUAGGAGAGAAAUCAGGCCGCAAGGGUCAAUUAGCAAUCACGACUGAGGUUUUUCAAGUUGCUCCAUCGCUAUAUAUGGUUGAAAUGAGGAAAUCAGGGGGUGACACCUUGGAAUUCCACAAGUUUUACAAGAACCUCACCACGGGUCUUAAAGACAUUGUUUGGAAAACAAUCGACGUAGAGAAAGAGGAAGAAACCCAAGUUUCAGGUGGUACUAGUGGUGCCGUGGUUGCUUCUUGAUACCGGUCAAAUUGUCUACGUAUGCUUCUAAUUAUUAGAUUUUGUUCUGUAUAAAAUUGCUUUGGGGUGUUUCGAGUGUGGUUUUGAAGUUAUUAUACAAAAGGAAGCGUCAAGAAGUGGAGCAAAGCAGCAAACUGGAAACUACAUUUGGGGGAUUUUUUUCUUUUUUGUUAAUCUUUUGCUUGAUUGCACUGGAAUGUUGUGAAUAACGUAUAUAGCUUGAAUCUGAAUAAACCGUAAAUCAAAAGCUUUUUACAUA